AUGCGGGGCUCGAACCACCAAAGCGCAGCCCAAGGUGGGCGGGAGAGGAGGGAGGGAGGGCGGGCUCCGCGUGACUACGGCGGCCGGGCCGGCCCAUUCCACGCAGUCGCAGCGAAGGCGGAGCCGCUCCUAGAACGAGAGUCAUCGCCAGCCCGGGCGACUCUUCGGAAGGAAGCUCGCGAGAAGCGGGCGGCUCUCGCGAUAUCUCCCUGUCCCUACCUGAAUCUGCUGCUUGCUGCUGCUGCUGCAUGUGCCACUCAGGAGGGUGGGAACGGCAGGAGGAGGAACCACCGCCCCCUUCCUCCCCCCGGACCCCGGCUGAGGGCCCCCCCUCGGGUAAGAGACGCGCCCCCGCCCCGCCGGCUCCCCCGUGGCACUUGGUGGGCAAACUUCGGCUGCUGCCCAGCCCCGAGGCUGGCACGGCUCCCUCCCCCCAUGCCCUGCCCAGCCCCUCCCUGGCAUCUCCCUUCCUCUUCCCCACCCCCCCAAAAGUUGGCACUUGCAGCCAGGCCUGCAUCGUGGCCCCCCACCCCUUUGGGCGACACCCCGUCCGCAAAAAUGGUUCUGCUGGUGCCCGGCAUUCAGGGCUGGGUGCUGCCCCCCCACACCCUGGACAACUGUUCCGGUGCCAGGCUCCCAAAGCCCUGCAGGGGGCUGUGGAGAAUGGCCCCCACCCAAUUCCUGAAGAGCUCAGUAUGAGAGAGGGGAGGUGGGCAGAAGUGAAGGAGGAAUGAAAUGGAACCUAGCAUAAAUCAGUUUAAAAAUAUCAGAUAACAACAAGAAGAAGCCUAAAUUAAAACCACUUUGGUUGGUGGAAUUGGCAUCACUGAAGGUGCCACAUAAUACCCGUUCCACUUUUGUAAGAACUUUGGAACUCCCUGCCUAUUGAGAUCAAGCAGGCGCCUUCAGUCUACUCUUUUUGGUAUCUGCUGAAAACAUUCUUCUUUAGACAAGCCUACCCAGCUGUAUAGAAAGUUGAGGUGAUUUUGGUCUGUAUUUUUAACCUCCGUAUGUUUUAAAAUAUGAUUGUGAAAUUUUCUCAUUUUUGUUGUUUCGUCUUUCUGUAAACCACUUUGAGGUGUUUAACACUCAAGCCAUGCAUAAAUUUUAUUAAACAAACAAACAAACAAACAAACAUGACCUUACACAACGACUUGAUGCUGUAAGCCUAGUGGCAUCUGCUCAGAAGUAAAUCCUGUUGAAUUCAAUGGGGCUUACUACCAGGUAAGGGUUUAGGACUGCAGCCUUACUCUGGCUCAGCCAGUUGUUUGCCUAGAUUUAGACUUAAUUUAAGAGUCGUGGCACUGUGGGUUAAACCACUGAGCCUUGGGCUUGCCGAUCAAAAGGUUGGCAGUUCGAAUCCCCGUGACGGGGUGAGCUCCCGUUGCUUGGUCCCUGCUCUUGCCAACCUAGCAGUUCGAAAGCACGUCAAAGUGCAAGUAGAUAAAUAGGUACCGCUCCAGCGGGAAGGUAAACGGUGUUUCUGUGCGCUGCUCUGGUUCGCCAGAAGCGGCUUAGUCAUGCUGGCCCCAUGACCUGGAAGCUGUAUGCCGGCUCCCUCGGCCAAUAAAGCGAGAUGAGUGCCGCAACCCCAGAGUCGGUCACGACUGGACCUAAUGGUCAGGGGUCCCUUUACCUUUACCUUUAAGCUUCCUGUAGGGAUAUUAAAAGACAAAACAGUCCCUGUUUGCAGGCCCCACAGUGUUCAUUGCUUGCUUAUAUCCUGCUUUUCCUUUCUGAGGCAAUCCCUAAUAGACAUGAUGCAAAAAGGAGAGGAAAGAGGAAAAGUAUCAUAUUUGUAUCAUAUUUAUUUACUUAUAGAAAAUUUAUAUAAUGCUAAUUCUCCCUCCUGUGCCCCAUUGUGGCCCAUUUGCUCUCUGUUCACUUUGUUUAUUGCAUGAUUUCUUUCUUCUAUGACUUGAUUUGUUGUAAUGCAGUUUGGAAAAUUGUUUUUAUCAUACUCUAUUCUGCUUUACUAUACUGUGUGAAAAGUGGUAUAUAAAACUUUUUAUAAAUAAAAAAAUUAAAAACCUAGCGCCCACACACCACCCAGAUCCUGGCCCAAGCUCCCUCAUACUGUAACAACCCCACACCCCAGUGCCCAAACCUCCUUGUUUUGCCAGGACCGUAGCUUGCUUUCUUUUAACUGGUUCAGUUGCCACACACACUCUUUUUUGGUUCACACUUGGUAUUUGUAAUUAGUAAUUAUUGUUCAUCUCCCACCACUGUGCUUUGCCUGCCUCAAGAUUGGUACCCAGAUUUAUAACCACUACUUUCACAUUCAGUAUCUCUCCUCCUUAUUCAAACUGGUACCUUGGGCUGUUCCUUAGACACACAAAUGCCAGUCCUUUGGCUUUCUCUACUGUCUCUGCCCCAAAAAUUCAGAUCCAUCUCCCCAUUCCCACAUCUGUGCUUUGCUUCCUGGUGGUAGUAGCAGCCACAGUAAUCUCACUUUGCCUCACACACUUACAUCUAUACUGUCAUCGCUCAAUACUUUCUCCCUUCACCUUCUCUUUUCGGGCCCAAAUCCCGUAUACAGGAUUGCAGAGUAAACCAGCCAUCUCUUACCACACCUUUGGUCUUGAGCAGCCUGUUGUUGGUUAUUACAUUAAUUCAAUUUAUAUCCUGCCCUUCCUCCUGAAAGAGGCCAGGAUGGCAGUGCCAUGCCAGCUGCUGCCCCUGGUUUGCAUUGGUUUCUAAGGCUGAGAUAUGUACUGAGCUGCUCUGCUUGUGUGAUUCCUAGACUUGUGAUAUGGCAAUGGAUGCACCUGAGUCUGCACUUCUUGAUUGUAAAGGAGACCAAAGGUGCCACGCGAGGCCAGACGCAGACUAUCCUCUCCGAGUUCUCUACUGUGGAGGCAAGUACGAACCAAACUGUUACUGUAAAUAAUAACAGCUCAGGGUAGUUUACAAAAGAGGGCAAGUUGUUGAUUAUUUAAAAAACAGAAAGGAGUCUUGUGACAUUUGAGAGCCUAACUAUUUUUUCACUGUGGCUUCUGUAUAUUUGAUCAGUGAUUUGUACCCCCUGAUUUGUACUCAAUUAUGAAGUUUGCACAUUUGACUAAAUCGUGAUUUAGCAUAGUGAGGACUGGCUGCACCAAAGCCUUGGGAUUAUCCUCUCCCAUCUCCUUCUCCCCCCCCCCAAUAGUUUUUAUUAAAGUUUGAAAAAAGAUCUACAAAGAUUAAUAUCAAAUACCCAAUAAAUGAAUUAAAUAAAAACACAAACCAACAAGAGGAAAAGAAAAAAUAAAAGAAAAAAGGGGAAAGAUAAAAGAAAAUAAUUUGUGGAAUGCCCUCCCUGGUGAGGUGCUUCUAUCUUCCUCAUUAUGAACUUCUCAAGAGGAAUUUUUAAAACAUUCCUGUUCACCCAGGCAUUUGAUCACUGAAAUAUACUGUUUCCUGCAACCUUGAAGUUAGUAGUUGUGUGAGGGUACGUUGCUGAUAGUUUUAAACAAGUAUCUAUUUUAUUUUAAUGGUUAUUGUUUUUACUGCUUUGUUGUUUGCUGCCCUGGACACUCUUAUUUCCUUGGUCCUUUGCUAUAGCUUUGGAGGAAGUCUGUGGCAUCAUUUUGUCAGCUUAACUUGCAGUGUAAAAUGAGUAACAAAGGAAGCUGUAAUAUACCAAGUCAGUCCAUUGGCCCAUCUAGUUUAGUAUUGCUUACACUUCCUGGAAGCAGCUCUCUAGGCGUUCAGACAGGAGGAGACACUGCUAGCCCCACUUGGAGAUGCUGGGGACCUUCUGCAUGUAUAGCAGGUGCUCUUCUGUUAAGCCGCAGCCCCUCCUUGAUUUUUCCUUGGAGAAUUCCUCUUAGUAGGAAGAGGAAUUCUCUUUGGCCAGGGCACAGCCUGACUCCCUCCCUCGGCAAUCUUCGCGGAGCUCUGGCCCAAUAGUUGCCAGUGGCCUGAAUUAAUUAAUUUUAUAAUGAAUGAUUUUAGAGUGUUGUUUAUGCUAUACUUUUAUACUGUUUUAUUGUUGUUAGCCGCCCUGAGCCCGGCUUUGGCUGGGGAGGGCGGGAUAUAAAUAAAAUUUAUUAUUAUUAUUAUUAGACUAUUUAUAAGUGUUUGUCUUAAAUGUUAAUUUUUUAAAAAUAUGAAAACUGCGGAGAAAACGAAGAGAAAAAACUCCCUUUUCUUUUCUUUCCACAGUCUGCUCGUUGCCAACAGAGGUGAGUUGCCUUAAUUUUGAUUGAUUUAGGCCUGGUCUACCUAUGGAAGCAGUGGAAUGAGGCAAUUGCCUGGAGUGUGUGCCACUUCUUCCCAGACUUGUCUCUUGUUCUAGACCCUUGCUCUUUUCUCUCUGUGUCUUUCAUCAUUCUUCAACAUGAUGCCCUUAAGUGGUUGCUGGAAUACAACUCCUAUCAUCCCUGACCACUGGCCAUACUUGCUGUGGCUGAUGGGAGUUGGAGUCUAACAAAUACUUGGGGGGGCAUAGCUUACCCCCCCCUUUAGAUAUUCUGGGUAGUCCAAGACUUUACUGAUUUUGGUAGUGAGCAGUGGCAAAAAGAGAGGGGAAAAUUACAAUAGACACAGUGCUGUCAGGUGCAAGGACAGGUGGGCAUGUUUUGCUGGACUUAAUUAGACCUGCUCCUGGAGCUUUCCCUCCCUGCACGAAAGCCUUUUAACUAUAUAUAUAUGUUGAAUUUUACAAGGAUAACAAAACAUAUAUCAAGAUGUGAGUUAUGCCAGGCAGGGAAUUCCACAAAGCUGUGGCCAUUACUGUAAAGCAGGUGUGGGGAACCUUCAAGUCCCCCAGAUGGUGUCUUAACUACAACCCUUACCAUCCCUGGCCAUUGGCCAUGCUUGCUAGGGUUCUUGGGAGUUGUGGUUCAGCAAAAUCUGGAGGACCAAAGGUUCACCAUGCAUGCUGUAAAGCAGGGGUCGGCAAGGCUUGCCAAGCAUGGGCCGGAUCACUCUCACGGGGCCGGAUCCUCCGUGGGCCGGGCCGGUGCAGCGUGACACCAGAAAUCGCAUCUGUGCAUGUCUGUGGUGCUGGAAAUCGCUUCUGCGCAUGCCCAGACGCCAAAAAUUGCACCUGCGCAGAAGCGAUUUUCGGCAUCUGGGCAUGCACUGAAGUGAUUUCCGGAGCCGUGGGGACUUGCCGAGCGAGCGGCUCGGUUCAGGGACCAGUUAAACGGUCUCCAUGGGCCACCUCCGGCCCAUGGGCCUUAGGUUGCCAACCCCUGCUGUAAAGACACUUCCCCCCGCUGGUGGGGAAUUGGCACCAGGAGCAGAACUUCCUUUGAUGGUGCUCAGGAGUGGGAGAGGCACUCUUUAAUAAUAUGCUGGACCCAGGGUACUUGUCAGCCCUUAUUGUACUAUCAUCAAUGCUACUAUUAUACCCUGUGAAAAUAUGUGUGUGUGUGUGUGUGUGGAGGGGUUCCCUCAACUAACAAACUUAUUCUGUGUGCUUUUUCCUCAGUAUUGCGAAUACAUGCCGGAUGUGGCAAAAUGUAGGCAAUGGCUAGAGAAAAAUUUUCCAAAUGAGUUUGCAAAACUUACUGUAGGUAAGAAGAUCUCUGUACUGUUUUUAAUGUGAGAUUGUAGGACAAUGAAAAGGGUUCAGAUGCUCAAGAGAGGAUAAAAUCAAGGGAAAUUUUGCCACAGAUAUAAAAAGGAGCAGGAUGUGCGUCUUUACGUGUAAACUAUCUGUAAUUAUACUACCUGUAAUUAGAACUGAGCAUAACUGCACAAAAUUCUUCCAGGAUAGUGUCCCUAGUGCAGCAGGGGCAGGGAGACUUGUGGUAUCUAUGCUUUCUUUUACUAGAACUCUGAGAUCCGCCAAGCAGAACCAGGUGGAAAAUACGUACACUUGGGGCUGAAAAAUUAUGAUGACAGGAGUAUGUUCUGAAUACCAGCACUGAACUGAAUCCAACCCUUCCACACAAUCAUCCAGUGAUGGAGCCUUUGCCAACCAGGUGCUCUUCAGAUGUUGGUGGACUACUGCAUGCUGCGCAAGGCUGAUGGGAGUUGUAGUCCAACAAUGUCUUAAGGGUGCCAGGUUGGUCAAGGCUGCACUACUGGCUGCCUCACUUCCCUUCCAGCAUUCUACAUUUCAUGGUAUGAUUCCCACCCCCAGGUAGGAUAGCUAUUUUAUUUUGGCCAUUGAUAAAACAUAGGGCGUCAGAAACCCACAGUGGGCUACAUCUCACUAGUAGUAACUAACUGCUUCUUUCCAAAUUUCAUAUCCCCUUUCACUCUGGACAUAACUGUGUAUUACUCCUGGAUUUGCUGAUACAUGCCUCUUGUAUCCCACAACCCUCUGCUUGGAUUACCGACAGACACAGAAGGUCUGCUAAGCACAACUAACCUGGACCAAGGCUUAAACAGAUUAUCUACAAGAGCUUGUGUCUUAAUUAAUUAGCUAGUCUUGAAGGUAGCCCAGGACUCUUGUUUUUGCUACAACAGGUCAGCAUGAUUACUCUUCUGGAAUAUGUUCCAUGAAAGCUGUGUUACACUAUCCCAAAUGUCUCUUCAAUUUCUAGAGAAGAGGUAGUCUUCCUUUCUAUGGCGGAUGCUUACUGGGGAGUAAAUCCAUCAUUUUAUUUGUAUGCCACCUUUCCAAAGUUAAAACUGAAGGCGGCUUACAACAAAUAGGCAACCCCUGUUUUGCAUGGGGGUUACAUUCCGGGUCACAGUGUGUGUCUGCGGAGCGUGCAUAACCCGUUCCACCCCAUUAUACCCACUUUUCCUGCAACUUCUGGGUUUGUGACAGUGGACAUGUGCUCAUUUGCACAUUCUUUGAACACACGCAGAAUGGGAGUUGCCUGUAUUUAAAAAUUUCAUAACUACAAACAUAACAAAAGUUGUUGUUGUUGUUUAGUCGUUUAGUCGUUUAGUCGUGUCCGACUCUUCGUGACCCCCUGGACCAGAGCAUGCCAGGCACUUCUGUCUUCCACUGCCUCCCGCAGUUUGGUCAAACUCAUGCUGGUAGCUUCGAGAACACUAUCCAACAAAAGUAGUCAUAAGCAAUAAACAAAUCAUCAGAAAGAAUAUAAUCAAACUGAAUAAUUUUCACUUAAAUAAUAAGAUAAAAAAUAAAGCUACAAAAAAUUAACAGCAGCAACUCUUCCCCCGCUAAACAAUACCCCAGCCCAAGAUUCUGUUCAGCCGCCUCAGCUUUUAUAGCUGGAGUCAGUCAGGGACCUGCCUUGCCAGGCCAGGCGAGAAGAGGUCUGCAAAGGGAGGGAGCAGGUCUUCCAGGACUCACAGCCAAGAUGGUCACUGUUGAUGCUCCACUGUUGUGGGAGUGUGUGUGUGUGUGUGUGUUUAGUUGAAGUACCAUUAUUUGCAAAGUCACUUUGCACUCAAAUUUCUUUUCUCCCCCCAAGCUCAAUUAAUUAAUACCAUUUUGUUCUUCAUACAGAAAAUUCUCCUAAACAAGAAUCUGGUGUUGGAGAAGGACAAGGAACAGUGGGUGAAGAGGAAGAGAAAAAAAAGCAAAAGAGAGGCAAGGUCUAAACCAGGGGCAGGGGAUUUUUUUCAGCCUGAGGGCAUCAUUUCCCUCAUGGACACAGCCAGGGUGGUGUAGUUGUUAGAGUGUCAGGCUAGCACUUGGGAGACCAGGGCUUGAAUAUCCACUUGGCCAUGAAACUCAACGGGUGACCUUGGACUAGUCAAUCCACUCUCAGCCUUACCCACCUCACAGGGUGGUUGUGAGAAUAAAAUGGGGAGGAGACCUAUGCACACCACCUUCAACUCCUUGGGGGAAAAGGUGGGAUAUAAAUACAAUAGAUAGAUAGAUAGAUAGAUAGAUAGAUAGAUAGAUAGAUAAGUAACCUUCCAGGGUCUGCAUGCUAAUAGUGGGCAGGAUGGGGGGGCAGAAAUGGGGAGGGGGCUAGAGACAAGUGUGGCUCAUGCAAAGAGUGUGGCUCUUAACCUCCUUAGGGUAGGCUACAUUCGAGCCAAAUGAAAGUCAAAUUAUCACACUUUAAAGAGACAUGCCUGGAGAAAGAGUGAGUGGCCUGGGGGAAAAAAGUUUUGGUAUGUUUAGCCUGGAGAAGAAAAGACUAAGGUGAUAUGAUAGCUGCCUUCAAAUGUCUGAAGGGCUGUCACAUGGGAAAUGGAGCAAGCUUGUUUUCUGCUGCUCUGGAGGGUAGGACACGAACCAAUGAUUUCAAGUUAAAAGCAAGGAGAUUCUGAUCAAGCAUUCUGAAGAACUUCCUGAUGUUAAGAGCUGUUCAGCAGUGGAACAGUCUACUUGGGAAGGUGGUGGACUCUCCAUCAAUGGAGGUUUUUAAACAGCACUUGGGUACUUGAGAUUCCUGCAUUUCAGGGGUUUGGACUCUUGGGGUCCCUUCCAUCUCUCCAAUUCUGUGAUAUUCCUGAGGGUCAGAUGAAGAGGUCUGGAGGGCUGCAUUCACCUCCUCCACCCCAAAGGCCUGAGGUUCAUCUCAUGAAAUCUUGGUCUAACUAGCUGGUGAUUUAUGAGUUUGAUAGAAUAGUAAUAAUAAGGGGAACGUUAAAAGAAUAGCUGGGUCUCGGCUAUUUUGUGUUGGGGUGGUGGACAGCAGUGCUGGUGGAGGGAUAGGAAACUAUAAAACCCAACCAGUCCCUGACGCUUGUGUUUCUGUAGUCUGAAGAGCAAAGUGUGGGUUCUGAGGUGUUUAUCGAUAAUGAUGUUAUGUUAUGUUCCUAGGUGGAAGAGGUCAGAUAAAACAGAAGAAGAAGACGGUACCACAAAAAGUCACGAUAGCGAAAAUUCCUAGAGCAAAGAAGAAAUACGUUACAAGAGUGUGCGGUCUUGCAACUUUUGGUGAGUCAAGAAAGGGCCUUGUUCACACGGAGGUAUCUGUGACAUUUAAACAAUUUUUUCAUGCAGAGCAUAGUUAACAAUGGAACUUGCUACCCCAGGAGGUAGUGAUGGCUUUAGAAGAGGAUUAGACAAAAUAAUGGAAGAUAAGGCAGUCAGUGAGCCAUGAUGGCUUUGCUCUGCUUCUGAAUACCAGUUGCUGGAAACAGCAGGAGCAGAGAGGUGGUCUUGCUUGUGGGUUUCCCAGAAGAGGCAUUUGUUUGGCCACUGUGAGAACAGGAUGCUGGACUAGAUGGGCCGCUGUCCUGAUCCAGCAGACUGUUUUUCUGUUCUUAGAAGAAGCAAAGAUGAAAUCAGUAUUGUUUUAUUUGUGUUCUUUUCUACAGAAAUAGACCUUAAGGAAGCACAAAGGUUCUUUGCUCAGAAAUUCUCCUGUGGUGCCUCAGUAACAGGAGAGGAUGAAAUAAUCAUUCAGGGGGACUUUACAGACGACAUCAUUGACGUCAUCCAGGAAAAGUGGCCUGAGGUAAAUAAUUUCUCUCCCCAUGUAUUUCCUUCCUUAUCCACUUGCAUCCAAUUGAACUUCUGGUCACUGUGAACUUUUAGGUUUUGCACCACCAAGACACUUCAGGCAACAUUUUCAGGUGUCUGUGAGAGGAAAAAGAGUAAGAGUUGGUGAGAGGAGUUGAUGGCUAAAUUAACUACAGAUUUAGACCUCAUGAAGACUAAUAACUCUGCAUGACACUUUCAGCAGGGUUGCCAUAUUUCAAAAAGUGAAAAUCCAGACACAAAAGUUGCAAAAUUUUUUUUUUGAAGUUUUUGAGCUAGUUUUAAGGGAAAUCACCCAAACCAAUGCUGCUGACAUGGGUUGCCAUACGACCAGAUUUUCCCAAACAUUUUUAGCGGUUUUCGCCCGGACACUGCUUCUGACUGCAGUAUUCCAGCUAUGUCCAGGAAAUUUGAGACGUACGGCAACCCUACUUUCAGGAUUCUCUGGGUGUGGAGCCACCAUAAUUUUUUGCAGCCUAGUUGUGGUCAUGCAUGUUCCUAGAUGGGCAACACUCCAGAGUUUCUGACUGGAAGCUCUGCCGUGUAGCUGAUCCAAGCAGGGCUUGGAAGUCACUGCCAGUCAGUGGUGCUUGGCUUCCUUUGAACCCAAGCUGUGCUGCAAUGGGGAAAUGGGUCUCCUGACAUCAUGAUGACAUGGGAUAAAGCAGUGGUGAGGGACCUGUUUCCAACCUGCUGGGCUGAAGAGGCUUUCCACCCCGGCUCGAAGGAAAGGUGCUGCAACUUCUUUGUGUGUGGCCCCAGAGAGGCUUGCCAGGUGCCUCCAUGUGGUCUUUUAAGCACCAGCUGACCUUGUUACCUUAGGCCGUUUUAAUUACAAUCCAUUGAGUGCUUUAGCAUUUGCACCAACUUCUCUCUUGUUGGGUUUUAUACUGAUUUUAGUUGCUUUUUGAUAACAGAAUUUCGUAUCUUGCAGGUUGAUGAUGAUAGCAUUGAAGAUCUAGGAGAAGUAAAGAAGUGAUGCUGUUUUUUUAAAAGAAGAAAAACAACACUGCCUUCUAACAAACACCAAGUUCUAGUCAACGUAGCCAAAGCAAGGCUUCUACGUGUGUUCGCCUGACAGCAGAACUGUUAAAGGGGCACCCUUAUUACUGUUGGCAUUUUCACUGUUCUGUAUUGGCUGCUUAUUUUCUGUUUGUGAUUUUUGCCAAAGUUUAAACCUGGGGGAAGUGAGACACUCAUGCCUCCGCAUGAAGUAGAGACUUAAAUAAAGAAGUUAUUGUUCCUCA